CUAUCCUUUCCUUACCAAACAGCGGCUUAAGUACACAACAUAUGCAAACACCUCCGCCUUUCAAAUUCAAUCACCAAAAAUUACAGCGCAACACCAAAAAUCUUUUUAAAAAUGCACUUCACAUCCAACAGAAAAACGGUUGGCUAGGAAUGAGAGAAGCGCUGGUGAUUCUUCCAUCUUCUUCCAUUACUCUCCCGCCCAAUUCCUCCCCUACUCCGCCACAUCACCACCGCAGCGCCACCGCUAAGCCAAAGCCCAAACUCAAGCCCAAACAAAAGCCCAUUCAUUCACCGUCUCAGCUCACUUCUCAGUCUCCACUUCUAUCUACACCGCGAUGGGACUCUUCUUCACAAAGCCGUCACAGUCUCAAAUAUUAUGCCGAAUUGGCGUCGAAGCUAGCACAGGAUGGGAGGUUCAAUGAUUCGUUGAUGAUCGCGGAGAGUGUUGUGGUUUCGGGAGUAAAUGCGGCGGAAUUUGCGGCUUUGUUGAAUGCGAAGAUUGUUUCUGAUGGAAUUGUUCGUUUGCUUGAGGAAGGGAAGCUAAGGAGCGUUGUCGAGCUUUUGACGGGGGCGCAUAAGCUAGGGAUUGAGCCGUUGAAGCUGCUCGAUGGAGCUGCUAUUAAUUCUCUUUCUCGAGAGUGUAAGCGGACUAUGGAAUGUGGUGACAUCGAGGAAGUUGUGAGCUUGAUGGAAACACUUAAAGGGUGUGGUAUGCCAAUUAAGGAUUUAGUGAAGCCGUCUGAGAUUAUAAGACUUUGUAUCAGCCAAAGAAAGCCAAAUACAGCCAUAAGGUAUGCACAUAUUUUUCCACAUGUGGACAUUAUGUUCUGUACUGUAAUUCUUGAAUUUGGGAAGAAAGGCGAUUUGGCGUCUGCCCUAACUGUCUUUGAAGCAUCCAAGCAGAACCAGGACACACCGAAUUUGUAUAUCUACCGCACAAUAAUAGAUGUUUGUGGUCUUUGUGGUGACUACUUGAAGUCCAGGUCCAUAUAUGAGGGGUUAAUUGCUGGCAAGUUUACACCAAACAUUUAUGUCUUCAAUAGCCUCAUGAAUGUAAAUGCCUGUGACUUGAGUUACACCUUGGAUAUAUACAAGCAAAUGCAAAAACUAGGUGUUCCAGCUGAUUUGACAUCUUACAAUAUCCUUCUGAAGUCAUGCUGUCUUGCUACAAGAGUUGAUCUGGCGAAAGAAAUAUAUGGGGAGCUAAAGCAUUUAGAAAUCGCAGGAACAUUGAAAUUGGAUGUCUUCACAUACAGCACUUUGAUUAAGGUAUUUGCAGAUGCAAAAAUGUGGCAGAUGGCACUUAAAAUAAAAAGAGAUAUGCUAUCAGCUGGUGUCACUCCCAAUAUUGUUACUUGGUCCUCAUUGAUCAGUGCCUGUGCCAAUGCAGGCCUGGUAGACCAAGCCAUUCAGUUAUUUGAAGAGAUGCUUCAGGCUGGUUGUGAACCUAAUUCACAAUGUUACAACAUUCUUCUUCAUGCAUGUGUUGAGGCCUGCCAAUAUGAUAGGGCCUUUCGGCUAUUCAGGUCCUGGAAGGAACAUGCACUGCAGAAGGAUAAUUGUGAAGAUUUAGGCAGCAAGACAGACAAUAUUAUUGAUCUCUCCCCCACACUUAUGGUUUCUGGUAGUAUACCCAACUGCUCUUCUGCUUCACCUCAUGGACAUUUCUCUACGAGGAUUCCAUUUAGACCUACUACUUCGACCUAUAAUAUUUUGAUGAAGGCAUGCGGGAGUGAUUACUACCGAGCGAAAGCUUUGAUGGAAGAGAUGAAGAAAGUAGGUCUUUCUCCUAACCAUAUAAGCUGGUCUAUUUUGAUUGACGUAUGUGGAGGCUCAGGAAAUGUGGAGGGUGCUCUGCAGAUAUUGAGAUCCAUGCGAGAGGCUGGUAUUCAACCUGAUGUGGUGACGUAUACAACCAUUAUCAAGGUUUGCGUGGAAACUAAAGAUUUCAAGAGUGCAUUUUCGUUAUUUGCAGCAAUGAAAAGAUAUCAGAUAAAACCAAAUAUGGUCACAUAUAAUACACUUCUUAGAGCUCGUAGUAGAUAUGGAUCUCUGCAGGAAGUACAACAAUGCUUGGCUAUAUAUCAGGACAUGCGGAAAGCAGGGUAUAAACCCAAUGAUUACUAUCUCAAGCAACUAAUUGAGCAGUGGUGUGAAGGAGUAAUCCAAAAUGGCAAUCAGAGGACAGGCUACUUCAGCUCUCGCAAUAGAUCCAGUUUAGAGCCUGAAAGUAUGAUUCUAGAGAAAGUUGCGGAACACUUGCAGAAGGAUAAUGCAAAUAGUGUAUCUAUUAAUCUUCGUGGGCUUAGUAAGGUUGAGGCUCGGAUUGUGGUUCUAGCAGUUUUGAGAAUGAUCAGAGAGAAGUACACUGCAGGAGAUUCAAUUAAAGAUGACGUGCAAAUCUUUCUAGGAGUCCAAGAAGUAGGCAUACGUGCUGUCAGACAAGAAAGUGUUGUUAAGGAAGCAGUAAUCAAACUUUUGCAACAUGAUUUGGGACUUGAUGUAAUUUCAGCAACAUCAAGAAUUGGAAAUGACAGAAACCAGGAUGGGGUAAACAAUCUGGAAAAGUGUUCAAACAUGGAAGAACAUGCACAAAGAGGUAUUUUAGGAGCAAAUAUGCACUCUCCAACUAGGCGACCGGCGGUUUUGCAAAAAUUGAGGAUACCUAAGGAAUCACUGCAGUCCUGGCUAACAAGAAGAUUAGAUGCUUCUAUAGUGAAUGAUGAGAAACAUAUUGUGUAUAAAAGUUUCUGAACUCUUGUUUUUUGUAGAGUUCUUUGAUCUUUAUUCUUUUAGCUACUGAAUAGCAUUGUAUACUUGACAAUACCACAUGCUGAAAACUUCACCUUUUACCGUCAAAAUGUAAACAGAACAGAAGAAAAAUGACAUCUCUCAACCUGUAAAAUAACAUGUGUUCUGAUUGUUGUGCUCUUGGUGCCUCUCUCA